GACUCGAGUGCGCCCAUGAGGAGGGCAAGCCGCACCACAACAACAGGCAAAAGCAGCGGGCCCUUGCUCAUGCUGUGCGGCGGGCUUGUGGAGGGGAGCAAGGGGGAUUCGCUGGCCUUGUCCCGCCAUCCGCUUUCCCUCUCUCUCUCACUCACCAACUCGCCAAUAAGUUUAUUUCCCUUCUUUUGCUCUCUGACAGCAGGAACGCAGCUAGCCAGCCUCCCCUGUCGAUUAUCCCCCAGUCCGGCCAGUGCAUGCCUAUUGCAAAGCAACAGUAUUUCCCUCUGCUCAUAGACUUUUUUACUCGCAAUUCCACACCUCUUUUUCCUCUGCAGGAAUUGGCCUUCUUCUAUUUUUCACCUCUUGUUUUUUUCCCAAGCACAUUCCUUUUUUUUUCCCUUCCCUUCCCCCCUUGUACUAGUAUGCUGACUUCUGGGCAGAGUCGCAGAGGGUCGCUUGAUGCGACUCCAAAUCGCAUGCCGCGGCGUCGGUCAGCCAGCGACCUGCGGAAUCACGAACCAAAUGACAGCGGCGACGAGCCAUCGGCAGAGUCGCCGGGCAAUUCAGGCAAUCCCGACGAGUGGCUCACAGACGAGCUGGAGGCGGUGGGCGAGCUGAAGCGCGGGGCCAUCGCGGCGCGGUUUCCGGAGGAGUUCAGUGUGGAUUCGGAUUUCCUCAAUCAGGCGGCAAAUGUCUGGCUGCCGGCGCGGCUGCAUCCGGAGAUAGCGCCGGGCGAGUUCCAAGAGUGGAUAAAGCUGCACGGCAGCCAGCUGAGCAAGAUGGAGGACAGCGUGCAUCGGCGCAAGUCGAUUCUGAGCUACUCGUACACGGACCCGGCAGAGAGCGCAGCGGCGCUGCGUCGCCGCAACACAACGGGGCUGAUGCGCCGCAAGACGUUUAUUGAGCGGGUGAAUGAGGACGACGGGGAUGCGCCGUUUCUGGUGCAGAGCACGGCCAACCGCCUGGCGAACAAGCGCCGGGACUCUUCAGCGAGCACGGGGUCGGCGCGGCGUGGCCGCAGGAAGGCCCAUGAGGCGACAACGCCGAGCGUGUCGAGCCCGCUGGCACCGCCGGUGGGGCUGGCUGGAACCGCGCUGCCACCGAGCGAGAAGGCGCCCGAGGGCAAGCGCAUGUCGACUGCCGAGAUCCUGAAGCAGAUUACCGCCGAGGUCGAGGACUUUGGCUUCGACGACUUCAACCUGGACGAGCUGGGCUCGUACAGCAAGAACAGCAUGUCGUCGCCGCCCCCGCCUGUCCCCCGUGCCACGCCCUCGUUCCCGUCGGCCGCGGGGUCGCAGCAAAGGCCUUUGUCGUCGUCCUCGUCGACUUCUUCGCGCCCCACCACCCCCCAGCAACAGCAGCAUCAACCUCCUCGCCCGCAAACCCAGCCACAGUCGAAGCAGCAGCAGCAGCAGCAGCAGCAGAAACUGCCUCAGCAGCAGAAAAAGCAGGAGCCGGCUGGCGGCAACCAGGAGGCCAGCAACAUGUACCACCAGCAUCCCCCUGUGCCUAGUCACCACCUCCCUCCGGUCCCCAGCAAUGCGCCGCCGACUAGUAUCCCUCAGCAGCCGCAGCCUCAGGCUCCUCAGAGGCAGGGUCCUCCGUCUGGCUCUGUGUCACCCCCUCCCAUAGAGGGUCCUUCUCAGAAGCAGCAGCAGCACCAGCGGAUCCCCUCAGUCUCCCAUGAGCCUGAGGAGCUGCACCAACAGCAGCAGCAACCGCGCAAAACUGUGACACACAAAAAGUCGGGGUCAUGGUGGCAGUGGGGCGGCAAAGACAAGACCCAGGACAGCAGCUCUAGCAAUAGUGUGCCAGAGCCCGCAGCCCGCUCGCAGAGCGACAAUACCGGCCGCGAGUCGCCAGCCCUUGCUGGCCCAGCCAUGCAUCAUGCACAUACCAUGAGCGAAGCUACGCCGCCCCGCAAGGCCAAGCUUCCCUCGCCAAUCUCAUUCCUGAACCGCAAGGGUAAGGGCAAAAAGGACCACCACAACGGCCAUAGCGCACAGCAGCAGGCCGCCCGUACCGAGCCCCCUGCCAAUGGCUCGUCGCCCACACCGCCGCCACCUAGCAAUGCGGCUCCCAGCACCGCCUCGGCCGCGCAGGAUGCGGACAGCGAUGUGGAGAAGCGGCCAAUCCCGAGCAUCCUGACGCCGCAGCGCCCGCCGCCCACUGCCCGCCUCGGGACUGGCUCGAACCGCCUGCCAAUCCACAUCGAGCGCGCGAUCUACCGCCUGGCGUCCAUCAAGCUGGCGAACCCGCGGCGGCCACUGCAGCAACAGGUGCUGCUAUCCAAUAUGAUGUUCUGGUACCUCGAGCUGAUCAAUCCGAGGUCGCAGCAGGCGCAGCACCAGCCCCCGUCGUCGCCGGGACCUAACCAGCAACAAGGACCGCAGCAGCAGCAGCACAUGGAUCAGCAGCAACAGCAACAGCAACAGCAACACAGCAGCAACAGCAGCAGAACCAGCAGAACCAGCAGCCGGCCCCCAUGGAUGCUGGCGACCGGUCAGACCGGCGGGGUGGCAAGAGGUCAGGCCAAAAGUCACGCGACAGGCAAUGGUGGCCGGAGGCGGUCAUCAGGUACACAUGGCGGCGGCAGUUCUGGCGGCGAGCGCGUAGUAAUGAGGUCGCCCCAGUAUGAGCGCCAGCAGCAGCAAAUCUACAUGAGCCCAGCUGGCUACAACAUGCAGCCCGGCCACCAGCAGCAGCAGCCGUUCCGCACCCAGUCUCCAGUAUCCAACCAUAGCAGCAGCGACCCUGAUGAGGACGACGACGUGCCACUGGCCCUGUACCGUGGCGAGCGGAAUGCCAUGAGCAUCGGAUAAGACUGCGAAUACUGUUUUUACCAAAAAAAUCGCAAGUUAUUGUGACAGCGUCUCCUUUUCUAAUAGUUCCAUUCCUUCUUCCUUGCUAGCCUUUCUACAAAGUCUUCAGCCAGCUGACCUUUUAUCAUUCUACUUUUCAAUAUCUAUUCCUUCACUUCCUUUGUUAAUAUCAUC